UAUUGUAAUAUCAUAGCUUCGAGAUCUGGGUAGUAAGUAAUUGCAGCUGGGUUCAUUUAGAUUUGGAACUUAGACCGAGUUGGUCGUAAAAAAGGUUCGCCAAAAUCUGCAAGCAAUUUGUAUGUUAGUAUUUGGUUCUCGGGAGAUCCAAUGUCGCAAUAGAUCGAAAUCAACUAUUUUCAGGGAACCCGAAAAAAUACUCGAUUAAUUUAAUUUAUCAAGUGUUUUCAAAACUCACGAGUUAAAAACAUAGUUUACAACAAGUGAUUUGUGAGGAUUCUUGAUACGUGACGAUCGUGACGAUAGACAAAAUUUUUGCAUGUGCAGAAAACAUUCGUGCCUUUUCAUGGAAGUCGAGUUAUGCAUUUGGGUUGGGAAAAUAAACGUGAUAUUUGUCGUAAACAUUAAAUAAUACAAUUCUCGUCUCAAUUAUCCAGUUUAGCUUGUGAGAGUUUAUCUAUCUCAUAUGUCAAUAACCAUUAAAAGCCGUUCAAAUAUAUUUGUUAUUAUGUACGAAUGAGUAUACAUGAAAUAUAACCGACUAAUAAAAACAUGAGCUGAGAAAGAAAACCUUAAUUUUCUCACUGGAAAAAUCUGCAACAACCGAACAUCGUCACGUUCUGAAAUCUACCCAGUUUUAUAUUAUCGUAAUAUCAAAGUUGACUUCAAACGGUAACAUAAUCAGACUGACAUUCAAUCUGAACACAUCCAAUCGUCAAUCCGGGUAAAUUCGGGUAACAGAAAAAAAUGUGGGAAACCACAUCUCGGGAACUUUGAAAAACUCGUGAGAUUCUGAGUCAUACAUCGUCUUACUUCCACAAUAAUAUUAAAUUGUAUAGUUUUUAGUGUAAUCUGUGCUAAAAAAAGAGUAGAAUUAUUUUCUCAAUUAAGUAAAAUGUCUCAUAUUCCCAACCCCGUCGUCAUAUUUUCCACUGGAGCGUUGCUUCUCGUGGCGACGAUUCUUUUUGGAUGGGUUCUCGUCCCAAAGUUUAUCCAGGAUCAGAUUCGAGACCAAGUCAAGUUGCGAAACGGCACCGAGGUGUUCGAAAAGUGGGUAAACGUCCCCAUUCCCAUCUACUUUAAGGUGUACCUGUUCCACGUCACAAAUCCUGAAGAUGUUGCAAAGGGCCAAGAUCCAAAAUUACUCGAAAAGGGGCCUUAUGUUUUCAGAGAAUUACGAGAGAAGAUUGAAUUGCAAGAAAAUAUUGCGGAAGGAAUUGUCAAGUACAAGGAGAGAGUAACGUAUUUUUUCGAUCCUGAGCGAUCCGAAGGUCUCAGCGAAAAUGAUGAAUUGACUAUUUUAAAUAUUCCUUAUGUGGCUAUGGCUCAAAAAGUGUCAGAGCUAACGUAUCCCCUCAACACGAUCGGUACCACGUACAUCGUAAAGUUCAAACAAACGCCUUUCAUUAAGAAGACGGUACGAGAAAUAUUAUUUCAAGGAUGGCAUGUGCCAAUGGUCGCAGAGUUGUCAGAAUUUCUUGACCAAGAGUUGAUGCCAAAUAACACGUUUGGAUUAUUUUAUGGGAAAAAUGGGACAGACGAUGGUUUCCUUGAAGCUGAUGCUGGAUUAUCGUCAGUUGAAAACUUUGGGAAAAUAGUAUCUUGGAGAGGUCACAAGGAAUUGUCGUGGUGGAAGGAAGGGUCCCAUUGUAACGAACUGCUCGGAACUGAUGGCUCGAUAUUUCCCCCUUUCGUUACGAAAAAAAGAGUUCUUCGCAUAUUCAAUGCUGAACUUUGUCGCUCAUUAUUCCUAACUUUUCAAAAAGAGGUGACCUUCUUGGGGAUUCCUGCGUACCGAUUUACAGCACCGAAAGAAAUGUUGGAAGACCCUCGAACCAAUGUUGACAAUCAGUGUUAUUGUCUGGAAGAUGAGCUGGAAGAUUGUAUUCGUGGUGGAGCACUUGAUUUAGGGACUUGUCGAGACGGGGCACCGGUGGCCAUGUCCACGCCACAUUAUCUGGACGGAUUUGAGGGGUACAACAAUAAAUCUGGGUUGAUUCCAGAUAGAGAGAAACAUGGAACAAUCGUUGAUAUUGAACCUACAACCGGAAUUGUUCUCCAUGCUCAUAAACGGAUUCAAAUCAACAUCAUUUUGAAACCGGUGGGAAGCAUCCGUUCCUUAUCAAAGAUGCCAGAUAUGUUUUUCCCUGUCGUUUGGGCAGAUGAGACGGCAGAAUUAGAUGAAGAACUCGCUCAGCAAUUGAAAUCGCAACUGAUAACUCCACUGAUAACGCUAGAAAUUACAAAGUGGGCCGUCUUUGGCAUUAGUCUUUUGCUAAUUUUUUCCGCCUGCCUUCGUUGGGUGUCUCGACCUAAACCCGAACGACAUGACCCGGAAAGUACGGAUAAAAUGUUACAAGUUGACGGAAUCUCUUUCAAUGCAAACAAUGGUACAAGAAUUAUUCGUAGUGAGAAGGAAUUAUCCAAGGACAAAAUUAGUGCCCCACUUCGGCCAUUUCUAACUUAAGAACGUCAAUAUACAUUCCAAAGUUUUUUUUUACUCCGAAAAUGUUAUAUACACAACGAAACAAACUAAAGAAAACUCUAUUGCCUUAAUGAUUAUGUGCGUACUUCCAAAGUAAAAUUUUAUGAAACCAUGUAGAAGACUGUUAUUGAAUCAGAAACUGUGAUAGUGUAUAAGUUUGAAUGAUUUUAGAAUAUUACAAACUUGUACACGUUAGUAUUUAAGAUUAUCGAAAUUCCAGCCAAUGUUAUCCAAUUUUCUGACUGAUUUAUGUAAAUAUAAAUCGACUGUAUCUACGCUCGGCAAUGCGAUUAAGUAGAUAAAAAUGUUGUGAAACGGUCUAGGAGGACUAUUUUGUAAACUUUACAGUUUUAUUUUGCUUCGCCAAGCUUAAGUAGACAACCAUAAAUCUAAUAAAAUGUAGUUAAUUAUUACAUA